GGUGCCCCAUUUCAGCGAUCUCAGCAUACUCACGCUACCUCCUGCCGCCAUUUUCACCUGAGCCCUCAACCACAGCUCCCGGACUUCCCCCUGCACCAUCACCCGGUCCAGCCGCAGCAGGGCAUGACAUCACAUAUGGCUACCGCACACCAGCAUAAUGGAGCACUGCACCAGCCUCUGCCACCUCUGCCUGGCCUACCGUUCCAAGAGGUGGCCGGACCCUCCUUCCUACCUCAGGCCCUACACCAGCAAUACCUCCUCCAGCAACAGCUCCUCGAGGCUCAGCACCGCCGGAUGGUGCCACACCACAGGCGGACUCAGGAGCGAAUGUCUGUCCAUCCGCAUCGGUUACGUCCAGGCUUCGAGUUCAACCCACAAGUGCAGAUGCCACAACCUUUAGGGUCCCGGUACUUGGCCGAAGGGACAGACUGGGACCUCAGUGUGGAUGCCAGUUUGCCACAUGCACAGUUCCAGGUCAGACCUGUUCCUCAGCACUACCAACAUUACUUAACGAACCCGCGACUGCAACACUUCCCGAGGACUACGUCACUGACACAAAUGGUUGUCCAUGAAAUCAGAAAUUACCCUUACCCGCAGCUUCAUCUCCUUGCCCUCCAGGGUCUCAGUCCAGCGCGGCACACGUCUGCUGUGACGGAAAGCUAUGAAGAACUGCUGCAGUUAGAGGACAGACUGGGAAGUGUGACGCGGGGAGCGGUGCAAAACAUUAUUGAAAGAUGCACUUUUCCGCACAAGUACAAGAAGAGGAUACCACAUGAUGGCAAAGACACGAAAGAGGACGAGGAGGAGGCGGACACAGACGAGAAGUGCACAAUCUGCCUAUCAAUGCUUGAAGACGGAGAGGAUGUCAGAAGGUUACCCUGUAUGCACCUCUUCCACCAAGUCUGCGUUGAUCAGUGGUUAGCGACCAGUAAGAAGUGCCCUAUCUGCAGAGUGGACAUCGAAACGCAGCUCGGGGAGGACAGCUGA